AUGCGUCAAUGGAACAACGCCCGGGGUUCGGGGACCCUUUUCUCUGUGGAUCUGCUCGACGAAGACGGGUCUGAGAUUAAGGGAACGUUCUUCAAGCAAGACGCGGACAAAUGGUUCCAAAUCCUUCAGGAGGGACAGGUCUAUGCCUUCACUGGCGGCAAGGUGAAGGUGGCAAACAAGAAGUUCUCCUCGUUCAACGCAGAGUACGAGCUCACCUUCGACUCCUCCACGCAGAUCAACCCCAUCAACGACGACAGCCGCAUCGGCAGCGCGACCUACGCCUUCGUGAAGCUGAACGAGAUGGAGGCGUUGGAGGCGAACAAGGUCUUGGAUGUGAUCGCGGUCGUCAAGAGCGUCGAAGACCACGCACAGUUCGUGUCAAGGGCUGGCAAGCAGCUGGACAAGCGCAACUUGAUCCUGGUGGAUGACACGUGCACGGAGAUCAACUUGACGCUGUGGGGGGAUAUGGCCAAGGCGGACGGGAGUCGGUGGGAGGGCAACCCUGUCGUUGCCUUCAAGGGCGUCAAGCUGUCCGACUUCAGCGGGCGAUCGCUCAACUCGUUGAACGCAUCUACGCUGGUCAACGACCCCGACGUCCCCGAGACGGCCGACCUACGGGCGUGGUUCGAUGCCGCCGGCGGCGGGUCCAGCUUCAAGAGCGUCACCGUCAGGAACGGAGGGGGCGGCGGCAGUGACGACGCGGCGAAGAAGGACAUCUCGCAGCGGUACACGUUGCAGAGCAUAACUGACGGCAACCUGGGGAACGGCGAGAAGCCCGACUGGGCCGUGGUGAAGGCGACGAUCUCCUUCAUCAAGCUGGACGGAGAGCGGCUCCCGUGGUACACGGCCUGCCCGAAGGAAGGCUGCAACAAAAAGGUUACGGAGACAAUGGAAGGCGCGUGGCAGUGUGAAAAGUGCAACCAGACGCACCCGGAGUGCCAACGAAGGUACAUGCUGAGCAUGCAAAUCUCGGACAACACCGGCAAAGCGUGGGUGACGGCUUUCAACGACCAAGGGGUGGAGCUACUCGACAACAGGACCGCGGACGAGCUCUUCCAGAUGAAGGAAGAGGGAAACGACGCUGAGCUCGAAGAACUGUUCUCCGAGGCGUGCUUCAAGACGUACAUGCUCACCCUCCGCGUGAAGACCGACAUGUACAACGACGAAACGAGGUCGAGGAAGACGCUGCAGAGGUUGGCGCCGGUCGACGUGAAGGCAGAAUGCGCGGCCCUACUGGACGCAAUCGCCAAGUACAACUAGAUGUAGAUGUUUGCUUAGGUCGCGCGAUACAACAUGCAGUGUCGGUCGGUAGUCUACGAUGAUAAUUUUGCCGAGAUUAGAGACGGGGCUGUGUUGGCGCUGGGUCUGGUUGUGCUGCUUCGCCAUCGCAGCAGCAUUGCGGUAGCCAUCGGCGAGAACGGUACUACCAAGUAGUCCAGGGCUGCUGUGUUGUGCGCAACGACUCCCCCUCCAGCACAACCUCAUGCAUGAAGAAUGACAAGAGAGCGGAAUGACUAGCAUGCGCUUUGGUGUAAGGAUUGGGCGGGGACGGAGUGGAGCACGCAUGCACCGUCGACUGAUUGAACGAAUAGGCGUUUCGCCCACACGGCACGAUGCCGACCAAGGCCAGGGUCACGUUUUGAAGGCAGUUGGGUGGGGGGUCCUCGCGCGGUAGGUACAUAGUCUAGCUUGUCGCUUUGUCGUUUGUUUUUCUCUACGUAAGUAUCAUAACUGUCGAUUAGGGUUUGUUCGUUUUUUUCGGUACAUGCGCAAAAAUUGUCUUUUUGCUUUUAGGGUACGGAGUGUGCCAUUUCGUUUGUUUUGUGUACUGGUGAACACGCGUGCAUGUUUUGUGUUGCAUGCUUGGUACAUCCUACUUGGCUGUCUUUAUUUGAUCUCAAACCAUACGGUACAAAACGU